AUGGGGGCGUUACAUGAACAGAAUAUGGUGAAGUUCAUACAAUUUUUUAGGUAUAUAAAAGCAAUUGAAAACAAGCCCACCAAAACUAUUUGAAUGUGUUUUAAAAGAGAGCUGCAGUAGGAGAUAAACUAAACAAAAUGUAUUAUACUGAAAACUGUUUGUAAGAAAUGCUUUUUGUUGAUAGUCUAUUUAUUUUAUGGGAUCUAUUAGUGUGGAUAAACAUAAAGGAGGGGAAUUCUGAAAGGACAUCCUCGCAAGGGCAUUAGAAAGCACAACACUGCUGUCAUCUGUGCUCCAUGUGUUACCUCUCACAUAUAUAUGAUUAACCCUUUGGACAAAGAUCUAUGUGCGUGCAAUAAACACUUAAAUAAUCUAUGAUGUCAAGAUUGACGCUAAAUGUUUCUGUUAUAAUCAUGACAUGACAUUACUGGUAAAUGAACAAAAAUUGAAAACCAGUUUCAUUCAGGUUAUAUAAACAAAACAAAGUCUGUGAUAUAAUAAAAACUUUGUGCAAUAGCUUCUUGAGUACUAAGAUUUUUUUUUAAGUUAAAGGGAUAACAUUUGUACACAAAAUCAACAGUGUGGAGUAUUAAAUAUCACAGGGAACUCUAUAAAUUUACACUAACUGAAAAUCUGAAGUGUAAGUCCCUGCAUUGAUCACAUGGCAACCAGCACAAGGUAUAGGACAGUCAGUGAAAUCCCAACCACAGGGGAACAACUGUAUGAGCCCAAUGGAACUCUGCCAAGGUCACAAUGUGAGGUCACAGUCAGAGAUAUGACCAAGUGUCUUUUGCAUCACACUGAACCCCUGACCUGGUACUGCGGCAACCACUGCAAGUUGCUGUGUGCCAAGGACUUCACAGAACAUCAGUUAUGCAGCCAGCUAAAAUCACUCAAGGAAGCAGCCCAUGAGUUCAACUUUGAAAAUGACAUGCAGACAAACUACAGUCAGAUCCAGAGUUUGCUGCAAGAGCUGCAGAAUUUUGUACAGUUAAAAUCCCAGAAUGCAAUGUCUCUAAAGAAACUUCAUGAAAUGCACUUGUCAAGGUUAAUAACAGUACAAGGGGAAUUACACAAAGUAAUUGACCUCAUGGCUGAUAGAACCAGAGCAGAGCUCGAAGCAAAUGUUAAAAUUCUGCAAGAUGAACUUGACAAUGAAAUAGAAAAAGCUGAAAAAUCUUAUAGUGACCUGAUAAAUUUAUGGAAUAAAAGUACUCAUCAAAGCAAUGAAAAUGAAAACACUUUUAAAGGACAAGAAACUCAUAUUCAUGAAUUUGUUGCAUACAAGCAAUGUUUGAAUAUGAUGGAUGAAGCUGAAAGUCUUAUGAAUUCUAACAAGGAAGACUUUUCAGUUCGGUUUGAUAUUCAUAGCAAGGUCAAAGCAAAACUGUAUGACUUACAGAAGUUAGGAUUUGUCUACAGGUAUCCAUAUUUACAUCCAGGGAAAAACAUUACAGGUAUAGACUUGGUUUACAGAAAGUGCGGAAAGAAAGAGUUCAACGCACGGCAUGAAUCUGAUAAACAAGGAUGUCACAUAACUGACGUCUGCCAGUUACCCAAUGGAUACCUUGUCCUUCUAGAUGAUGACAAUGACAACCUGAAAUUUGUCAACAGUGACUAUCAGGUCGUGGGGAUUUGUCCGCUGAAAUAUCCCCGUGGAAUAACGCAUCUCGAUGGCAACAAAGUGGCAGCAUCUGUCGAGCACAUCGCCCGGAAGAGUACACUGCAGGUUAUGCAGGUAGCGAAGACUGUUAAACAUGGCAAGGAGGUAGCUAAAGUUUUCUUAAGAGAGAAAAUUCAACUGCAACACUACUGUGGAAUGAUUGUCCACAAACUUGGCCAGCUAUUUGUUGGUGACGGAAAUAACGUGUACUUGUACUCGAUUCAAGGUGAAUUCCUGAAAACGCUUUACGAGUAUACUGAUGGCUACACAAAGUAUUCUUUUGCAGUGAACAGAGAUGGCACACGUGUCUACAUCCCUGACACUGAUAAUGACAGGCUUAUUACUGUGGACCAGAACGGGCAGGUGGUGAGUGUUUUCAAAGAUGAAGAACUCAAGAAUACAGCAUGCGUUUGCUUUGCCUUCAAUGGGUCAGUAUUCGUGUGCGGGGAGUCAACUAAGAAGAUCAUCCAGGUGGACAUUGAGGGACGGGAGAAGUUAGCCUCCAUUGAGAGCAAAACGGAGACACCAAUGAAAACCAUGUGGUUCAACCGUGAACGCAAUGAACUGGUGAUUGGAAGUUCUAGUGACUUCAUUACUGUUUUGUACAUGCAGUAGGACCAUGUGGUUCAACCAUGAACGCAAUGAACUGGAGAUAGGAAGUUCCAGUGACUUCAGUACUGUUUUGUACAUGCAGUAGGACCAUGUGGUUCAACCGUGAACACAAUGAGCUGGUGAUUGGAAGUUCCAGUGACUUCAUUACUGUUUUGUACAUGCAGUUGGACCAUGUGGUUCAACCAUAUAUUAUACAUAGAUAUACAUGCCAUAUAUCUUAAACCAGUGUAUACCUGCUCUUAAAGAAUUAUAUCAGAUUUAAUGUUUAACUCGUAACAUUUCGGCAUCUAUAAAUACCAAAGAUAAUGCAGCUUUUCUUAAAAAUUAAAAUACCUCAAACUACGGGCAUUAUUGUUGUAUUUCUUAUUGGUUUUAUAAUGUUCUUGCUAUUGUGUAAAGUUCCCACUGUUUAGUUGGUUAAGUACCUAGUGUUUAGUGCACAAGUUUUCUUUAAUGUUAUAUAGUCUUGAUCAUUGCUAGUCUGGCAAUACAAACAUUAUUUCUUUGUUUUUUCACUUGUUUGUUUGGAUUUUUUGCUAUUUUCAACAGCAUUUCAGUCACAUCACAGUGGAACGUUAACUUACAAAAAAAAUUUCUGGGUUUGUUGGUUUACAAGUACAAGAAUGAAUUUAAAUGCUAUAUUACAUCAUAUACACUUGUUUUUUUAAACUGAAAAUCAAAACAUUUCUUAAUUGUUAUUACAUUUUUGUGUAAGAUUUGUUUCAAUUGCUUGUCUCACAAAAUAGAAAUUGCCAAUUUACCAAUAUGUGAUAGGUUUAAAUAAGGGAAAUAACAAUAAUUACACAUGCUUCAUGGUACUUUGAAUCUUCUGCAUUGAAGUAAAUUUGGAAGAAGACUAUAAUAAUAUAUUUAAACAUGCUAGCUUUCUUAGACCUGUUACAAUCAUGAGACUCAAAUUGACCUUUCUGGUAUGUUAUCUGAUAUGUUUAUCAUGUAGUCUUAUUGUUUCAAGGAUAGUAUGUAGCUAUAUUACUCUGUGUGUUACUUCAGUCUGUGAUAAAAGUAAUCAUGAAAA